AUGAAGAAGGUCUCAAGUUUCAAAGGGUUUGCUUCUUGUUUCCUCGAACCAAUACUGUCCAUUAUUAAAGCUACCAACAACUCAAUGGAAAACAUAACUUUAAAUUUCAAGAAAGAACUUAAAUUGUUGCAUAUUAAGGCAUCUAUUGACAAGAAGCUAACGAUAGAGCCUAAUAAAAGGCAGAAAAACGAAGUUCAUGACCACGACAUAAAGAUAUCCUAUAUAAUAUUACUAUUCCGAAGGACCGAGUUGACUAGACAUCAUAACAGUAUGCUUCCACAUAAAUUAUUUCGGACUUUCUACUCUAAGUAA